AUGGAUGAUUGGGCGCUACCCCGCUUGAGAGCGCUUCUGCCUUUGAACGACGCCGAGCUUCUGCAGGUUCUAUCGUAUACUAACAACCUGCACGACGCUGAAGCCGCCACGCACUUGGGAAAUUUACUAGGCGAAUCUCCGCAGUCGCUAGAAUUUAUCACCUCCUUUCUUGAGCGGCGCAAAGAGCCUGGGAAUCACCAGGCCAAAAAACUGGACAGUAAGCCGUCGUCGGCAUCAUUCCGGGACCAUGUGGACAACGUUGAUAAUUCCACAACCCCAUCAAAUCCACCACCAUCAUAUACUCCACGGACCACGAGUAGCAGGUCCAAUUCCGAGCCAUAUCAUUACACGAACUCUGUUAUUGAAGCUGGUAAAUGGCGAGCAAAAGACGAACAACAAAUGCAGCAGAUGCUACAGGGUCUCCAAUAUCAGUAUCGCAUUUAUAACAGCGAUAUUGAGCCUGAGCAUGAAGCGGACUAUUGGUGCUCUUGUCCAAUACACCAGUAUCAACAACGCAAAUGGAAUCGGCGCGGGGUUCAAGAGAUGUGGUCAAAAGCCAUCAUGUAUCCAGGAGAGAGACACUACAAUGACAUACAAAACGGCUUAGGGGUUUUUGGAAACCCUUAUACAUUUCGGGUUGUCUCUCCAUACGGAUACGGGCAACAAGGUCUUUGGGCUCCGCAAAGGCCCAUUCCCUUAUUCCACGCGCGGUCGAUACGCGAAACUAUCGCGCUAAACGCACAGCUUAAUUCUGAAGCCCAGGCCAAAAUUGAUGCACAAGAGCCGAGGCAGAGCAUCUGGGAGAACAACAACUUAUCCGUCUCCAUGGAAAGUAUGACAAUAGCAGAUAAGAGCCCACCUGCCCGAGAUAUCAAGGCUUCAAACCAAACAGUACCGGAAGAUAUAACUGAUAAACGAUCACACAACCGUACUCAAUCCAAUAGUUCCAAGUUAAAAACCGGCCUAAGCUUCUCAGGCCUAAAAAAGGCCGUCGGCAUCAGAUCAUCGGAAGAAAAGGCUAUCGAAAAAGCCAUAUCUCUCCGCGAAAAGAUUCUGUCAGAAGAGCGUGGGCGAUGGCCAGACGAAGAGUGGCGCUAUAUCGUAGCAGCAUAUCAGCACAAAGUCGGUAUGACCAAAAAGAUUGCGGAGCUUCGAGCUACUCGACCUAUUCAAUACCUCCAUCUCCUAAGAGCAGGCUAUUUCGAGCCAAUUCCUAUCGCAUGGGCAAACCAAAUAUCCAACCCUUUAAAAUUCAGUAUUGAAGCUGCAUCGGGGUGGAGGGGAAUUACUCCCAGCUGGAGAGGGUUUGAAGAUCUUGCAGAAGAGCGACUUUACUGGGUGCUGAACCACCGAGAAGGAAGCGCCGGAACGAGAAUGAAACCUGAUUUCAUAUCUGAAAUGAACAUGGCUCAAGCAAGAAUGGCCAGAGCGGUUGAGCCCCCCCCGCUGUAUUAUUCGGCUAAUGACACCUGCCAUCUUCAGCACACAUCGUCUGGGUACAGCAAACAGGUUAUGCCUGCUCCUUUCCAACCGUAUGAUCGGCCUGAAAGACCGACGGAUCAUACUAUGAUCCUCCUUGAUGUCUCUGGAUCUAUGGACUUUGAUCCCGUUCGGCCAAUCUAUGAUCAAUAUCUGAUAACGGGAUUUAGUAGAUCAACACAGCCUAAAAAUGGAGACGUAGCAAGGUCAAUCAUCCGCAGAUUUGCGGACGCAAUGGCAAAUCACGACCAUCAACAUGAGGGCUACGACUUGGUCACAUUUGCAAACACGUCUCAUUAUAUCGGUAAAAUUAGUCAUAUGAAUUUCGACUCGAUGUGGUGUAACAAUGUUCGUUUUGGCGGAGGAACUCGCGUCAUGACUGGAUGGCAGAAGGUGAAGGAACUCCAUUUCCAGAACCACUCCGAGUCGGCUAUUCACCACCCUGUUUAUGGAUGGCAAGCCGGACCUGAGACCCCGAUUCUCAGACUACUACUCUUACUUGAUGGAGAGGCCACCGAUAUGGACGAGUUUGAACUAGACCUUCUCGGCCUCUCGUGGGCACAUGUUACCAUCUUUCUCAUCGGCGUUGAUGGAUGCCCUCAUCACCAUAGGCAUGCCAACGAGCUUCAAAGGAUCAGUGAUUUCAAUCACCACGUUUCCUUUGUAGAUGCGCAGGGAAACUGUCCAGAACGAUUUGUCACCCAUGAACUGCUCAAGCGUCAUUUGGGCUAUGACAUUUCAAUGCAAGAAUUCGAACGAAUGGAAGAAUUGCCAGCAUACUCGGAGCUAUAG